AUGAAGACGACAUUCAACUUCCACAAACACGGCAUCAAAGCCACCGCCAUACCAGGCUUCAGCUCAACAGUAUACACUGCAGCAUACACCUUAGAAGCCAUCGAACCCAAGGAGCAAUUCGCAGGCGGUGCCGCGGAGCGGCACUGGUUCCCGAUGAAACAGAUGAUCCACUCCGCCGCCCAAGACAGAAUCACACAGCAAAAGAAAAUCAUGCUUCGGUGGGAGGCUUCACCACAGAAGGUUGCAUGGCAGAACGUGUUUGAAUCCGACUUGACAAACACGGCAAUCACGACUCAGGAGAGUUCUCCGCCUACCGAGUCUAUGUCUACGUCUGAAGAAACUGAAACCAGCGUUCCAAGGCCCAAGAAGCGUAGACGUCUGACCAAGGAAGAGAAGUUCCUCAGAGCGAUCAAGCAACACGAAAGGUUCCUACGUCUCUAUCAGCAAAAGCCAUCAAUUGCAAUGCCCUCGGAAUCAUUCCCACCGGGAUCUAUGGGCUUCGUGACAGCAUACGAGCGUGAACAAGAAGAAGCGAAAGCACGACGACGUCGCAAGUGGGAAGAAAAGCAUGCGGCAGUCGCCGCUGAAGCCCUCAAAGCUCAGGAAGAGGCAGCGGCAUCCCAUUUUGAUAUCCUCGAGAGGCAUACGUCCAUUGUGCAUUCCAGCGUGACUACUGCCGGCACUGACAUCGCCAAUGACGAAGCCUUCUCCGCUCCAGAUGCUUCUUCUGCCAUAUGGUCUACCUUCGACCCUCGAUCGCUGUCGAGGCACAGCAAGCCCCUCCGGCCAACAGGUUUGACCAUCUUCGACGACGCAUCAGACCCUACGACCAAGCCUGACAAACAACUCGAGCGCAAGCCACAACAUCCGCGACUACGUCUGUUGAUGCCAACUCAGUCCAAGAUACGCCGCGCCGCAUCACAGCCUGGCCCGAUCUGCUCUAAUGUUGAUCCUCGGUUUCUGUCGAGGCACAGCAAGCCCCUGCGGCCGACAGGUUUCACCGUCUUUGACGAUGCAUCAGACCCAUCGACUAAGCCAGACGAACAACCCACAUACAACCCGCAACAUCCACGACUCCGGCUGCUGAUGCCGACCCAGCUCAAAACACGCCCGACGGAUUCACAGCCUGGCGAUCCCAGUCUCCAGACAGACGCUGAUAACGCUGACGUGAUGCUGGCUGCUUGGGGCCAAAGGCACGGCCUGGAGGGUGAACGGACGUACAUCGAGCAGGAAGGCGAUAGGAAGCGUCCUGCAGAUUUCGAUGCUUCCGAUGAGAACUCGAAGAGGGCAAGAACAGACUCGAGUCCCCAACCGAAACUACGGGAAGCGAGGACUCGGAAGGUCCCUGCCAGAUAUCGGGACUAA